CAAAUUUUCAAAGCAAGUGAACCUGUUCCUUUGCAAGUUGCAUUUUUUUCUCCAGUGUCACUUUCGAGAAAAAAAUUCAUAAUAUUCUACUAUGGUGGAAUCAAAACCCUAGAUUUCUCUCUUUUCUCAUGAUUAUGGCUUUCCCAAGUUCGACUACCAAAAUUUAGUCAUUAAUCAUAAAAUGCAUAUGAUUUAUACUCGUCGAGUGAUUAUAGCUUUACUCAUUGCUUAUGUUGCUGGUGGUGGUGUUGCUGAUGUAGAGAUCAAUGAAGGUGAAAAAGCAGGUGUAGAUGCAGUGAUUUUGAGUAGUAAUAGCAGUGUGAAUGGGAAAUUAGAUCCGAUAAUUACAAAUAGAGAAAAGGAUAUUCAAUUGGAAAAUGAUAGUUCGAGUAGUCGAAUGAGGUCAAAGGAAGCUGGGGACAGGAGGAAAAUGAAUAACAGUAGUGAAAGUAUUGGUGAGUUGAGGAAUGUUGGGGGUAAGAACAAGUUACAUGAUAGUAGUGUGAAAAGGGGUGAUGAGAGAGAAGGAUUGAAAGAUGGUGAGGGGGAGGAGAAAGGAAAAGAUGGUAUUUCCGAGAGUGGAGGGUUGGAAGAAGCUGAGAGGGAGAAGAAAGGCAAAGAUAGUAGUUCCAAGAGAGAUGACAGGAAAGGGGAUAUAAAAGAAGCUGAACAGCAAGAAAAAGCAAGCAAUAGUAGUUCCGAGAAGCAGGAGGAGAAGGGAAAGGUUCUGCCUGAUGGAAUUCAGUCUAGAGAGGUGAUAUUGCCUACAAGAAAGGAGAGCUUUCAUGGAGAAGAAUGUGAUUCAUCUUAUAGUUGCACAAUAGAGGAAAAGGCAUUGGUUGCAUGUCUAAGAGUUCCGGGCAAUGAAUCUCCAGAACUCUCACUUUUGGUUCAGAACAAGGGAAAAGACACUGCCAGCAUUUCUAUUACGGCUCCUAAGUUUGUUAAACUAGAGCAUAACAAGAUUGAACUCCAAGGGAAGGAAAACAAGAAGAUGAAGGUUUCUAUAGGGAAUGGAGGAAAUGACAACUUUAUCAUUCUGAAGGCAGGGGAAGGUCAAUGUUUUCUUGAUUUCAGGGGUCUGAUUGACAAUUCUGAUAAAACAUCUCAGUUCAAUUAUGCUUUCCCAUCCUUUGGAAUAAUAUGUUUGGUUGCAAUUGCAAUAGUGGCUACAGUCUUGUUGUACAUCAAGCGGAGGCUUCUAGUAAGCAGUGGCCAUAAGUAUCAAAAACUGGACAAUGGGUUACCAGUUUCCAGUGGCGGAAAGGUAGAAACUCUCUCAACUGAUGGAUGGGACAAUAACUGGGAUGACAAUUGGGAUGACGAGGAAGUGCCCAAUACACCAUCCUUGCCAGUCACACCUUCCCUCUCUUCUAAAAUCAUCUCCACACAACGGUCUAGUAAGGAAGGCUGGAAAGAUUAAUCUUGAUGACUGUCCCUGGAAUGUUUUCUUUUCAUCAACCUUUUUUCCUUCCACUUGGUAAGUAGAGAAUAGAAAUGAGUUAAUUGCACAGUAAUCAUGGCAUUAUGAUUCAAAUUGUGACAUCUCGCCAUCUCUGGUUGUCCCUUGGGACUCUUUCAUUUCAUUAUCUUUGAAAAAGGGAAGUUCCAUCUGUGGUAACCAUACUUUAGCUUGAUGAGAAUACCCUUUAGCUUGGAUUUCUCUUGCCUUUUUCCAACUUUGUAUGCUUGCUUUUAUGGGCCUAUAAAGUCCAAAGCAUCGGUAUAAUAGAACGUAAGAAAAUGGGCCUGGGUCUAUUCUUUUAGGCUUUUGGAUAGCUGGAUAUGAAACAAACAUUGGCCAUGAAUGUUGAAUACAAGAAAAUUGAACAUCAAUAGAUGUCAAUAUGGGCCUACCUUCUUAAGGAUUCUUGGA